AUGCGUUCCAGUGAAAUAAAUCACAUAAAUUACUUAGAUUUUAAGAAAAUUCCUAAUGGUGUGAUAACAGAAAUGCUUAUGGGUCUUUAUGUAUAUAACAUUUAUAGCCCAAAUCUAGAAUUAUAUGAUUCUAUUGCAAAUAAAAAUCCAUUUAGUCUACUUGAUAUACAUUGUAAGUCCUUUAAGAACACAAAAGGUAUUUGGAGAAAGGGAUCAAUUAAAAAUUGGUUUAAAUUAAGCGAUGAAAUUUCUAGAGAUGCAACUUCUGUAAAGGUAACUCCUAAGGAACAUAUAAACUUAUAUAAGUCUACUUAUAAAUACUCUGGGAUUCGUAAUUUGGGAGCUACAUGUUAUAUGGGGUCUUAUCUUCAGUAUUUAUUUAUGAAUUUGGAUUUUAGAUCAAAAUUUUUGCAAAUUCCAUGUGAUUCCCUCGUAGACUCUACUGAUAACCUUAUAGAAGGUACAGAUUGUACAAAAUCUACGUUAUAUCCUUAUUCUAAAUUAAAAAGUGGGGAGAGUUUUUUAACUUGUAUGGCAACCCCUUCAAAAGCUGAGAAAGAUAGCUUUUGUAAGAAUAUUGAAUACAAAAAAGAUAAAAUGAAAGAUAAUUAUGAGAGUACUAGUUAUAAUAGCACAUCAAAACUUAGGAAUUCUCUACUUGCAUUAAGUGAACUUCAAAAAAUUUUUUUAUUAAUGGAAAGUGGGAAACAUCCAGUUGUAGAUCCUUCUACAUUUGCUAAAGCUUUAAAGAUAAGUACUGAGAACCAAGAGGAUGCGACUGAAUUUGCAGCUCUACUUCUGAGCCUAUUUGAAGAUAAAAUUGAGGUAUUGGAGAAAAUUUUAAAUAAAGACAAAUUGGAGAAUACUAAUAAUUUAGGAGUUUCUGAGAUCUUAUUAGAUAGUUCUAAUACUAAUACACAGAGUAAUCAUGUGAAACUACUAGAUAAUUUUCUUGAAUUUGGGAAUACUAGUUCUGCAGAUAAUUCACAUACUAAUCCUGAAUAUUCUCAAAUAUCAAAAUUUUCCUAUUCGAAUUUUAUCCCUAAAUUAUUUCGUGGCACGCUGGAUUACUAUGUAGAAUGUCAAACUUGUUUCAACAAAACUCAUAUAUUAGAUCAUUUCUAUGAAAUUAGACUUCAAAUACUACUUAACAAUAUUAUGACUUCUGAUACUUCCAAUAAUAUCAAAGACUUGAGUUUAAUUGGUGAAGAUAUUAACUGUGUAACUUUUGUUUCUGAUGAAUCUGGAGAUAAAAAAAGUUCUAGUUGUGUAACUUUGGAGAAAGCUUUUGAUAAUUUCUUUAGACAUGAACGUUUAACAGGGGAAAAUCAGUAUAUGUGCGAACUUUGUGGAUACAAAACUGAUGCUAUUAAGCACUGUACAUUACGAGAACUACCUCCUUAUCUACAUAUUUGUUUACAGAGAUAUAUCUAUGACCCUUGUUCCUUUACAAGAAAAAAGUUAUCAUUACCAGUAGACUUUCCUAUGGAUUUAAAUAUUAAACCUUAUUGUGGUAAUAAAGUUCGUAUUGAAAGAAAAGUAAAACAGGAACUAAACAAUAAGUCCAAUAUCUAUAGUGAUAAUGAAAUAAUAUAUUCGCAGGUUUAUGACAUUGAUACCUUACCAAAUGAAAUGCUUCAAUAUGAGUUUAUUGGUAUUUUAGAACACCAAGGACAAUCUGCAAUGAGUGGUCAUUACACUGCUUCUUUAAAAGAUUUUGAAUUCGUGUCACCUUGUCAAGCAGAAGAUUGUCCUUAUAAAAUAAAUGUAAAUGGAACUAAAGCAAAAUUAUCUUCUAAAUCAACAUAUAAAUCUUCUACUUUUCAAAAUAUAUCAAGUAUUUCUGAGGAAAUAUCAAAAUAUAAGAAAUAUGGGAAGAACUCUCAUAAAAAAAUUUUAAUGAAUCCUGAAACUUUAGGAUGUGAUAUUUUAGAUAACGAAUGUAACCUAAAGGAUUCUUUAAACUCAAACCUUUCACCAGAAUCCAAUAUAGAGUCCCAGCCUGUAAAACCUGGGAAUAAUAUGAAACAUGAACAAAAAAAGUCUUCAAACUUAGAACACCCUAGAGAUAUUAAAAAAAGGAAACAGAAAUCUGUUCUCCCCGGAAAUGAGGCUGUGAGUCGCAGAAAAGUAGAGGUAUUUCCAAGCUCUGCUCCUGUAGAACUUAUGGCACAAUAUCGUCUAGCUCAGUUCAUGUCUCAAUUAAAAUAUAAUCAAUCAUUGAAUUUGGAUCUCUCAGAGAAAUUACAAUCUGUAGACCAAAUGUUAAGAACUGAACCCUUAACCCCAACUGCAGCUGAACCUCAUAUGAGUCAAAAUAAACUUUAUGCAUUAUUAAUGUUGCAUGAACUACAACGUAGAAAUGCAACACUACUAAAUCCAGAUGUAUCGAGCUGUUAUUCCCCUAUAUUUCAAAGUUCAAAAUCAAUAUAUACUAUCUCUGAACAUUCACAGACUCCUAAAAUAGACCUUUCUCAAUCUGAAGUUACAUAUGAAGCUAAACAACCUUCAAUAUUAAAAGAAUAUAUACAGAAUUCUGAAUCUGAUGUGACGAAUAUAUUGGAAUCUUCCCAAGAUUCAACGAUUGUAGAUUCUUCACAGCAAUCUACACUAGCUGCAAGUCCGAAGUUACAAAAGUCUACUAUACAGAGAGUACCUCAGGAUGAUUCUUACAUAAAAUCUGGUAUUUAUUCUUGGCCACUUAAUUCAAAUCCUAAUGUAUUUAGAUUCUUGAAUCCACUUCUGAACUAUCAAACUUCAUCUAUACCUCAUGCAGAUCAAUCUACUGUUCAACAACCACUCUUUUACCAAGGCCAAAAUACUCAUUUUUCUUUACUAAACCUUGGAGCGACUUACAGGAUGGGAAAUCCGAUGUUAAAUAUAAAUUCUGUAGCUGACCCUUUGAAGUCACCUCAACUUCAACAUGGAAUUGCUCUACAAGUUAACACACCCAAUCUUUUUGGGCAAAAUUUACAAGAUAUGCAAAACUUAGAGCAUAUUCAAGAAAUCAGACAAGGUGAAGUGAUAUUCCAGCAGACAAGAAACCUGAAUAGUAACCCUGUUAAUAAUAUAACUAACACACAAAAUCGUGAGAUAACUCCAAAAAAUAACUCUAGAACAGUAUCAUCACCUUUAAUAAAAUUCAAGGAUGGGGGACUGAAAGGAGGAGAUGGUCAGGAAGAAACGGAAUUUAUAAAUGAAAGAUUUGAUUCAGAGAAAACAAGUGGAAUGAAAAUGGAAUCUCAUACAGAAUGCACAAAAUUAUAUUCUGGAACAGUGGUUCAUGAAAAUUUAAGACAAAAUCUCCCUUCUGAGUGUGAAUCUAUACAAUAUAACGAUAAUCAAAAUCUAAUUAUGAGAAAUCAACAAUUGAUACCCUCCUCCCCAGAGAACAAAGGUGUGCCAAGUAAUAAAUCCAAUUUUCUGGGUCAGAAUAUUGAGAAAGUAGUUCAAGAAUGCAAACAACUUAAACAAAAUUCUCAAGCUAUAACGAAAAAAUCAAGUAAAUUAGUUACUAAACAUAAAUUUGAUGUUUCACAUUCAUCCCAUGAAAUCCAAAACAUCAAAAUAUCAUAUUGUAAAUGCAAAAUAGAUCAUGAACUUCGAAAACGCUGGAACUGGGUACACUUUAAUGACAAGGACGUUCAAGAGUGGUACCCUAAGACUAUAGGUAAAGAUAAUAAGAGAAUGACAAGUAAAACUGGCUAUAUGCUUAUAUAUAAAAGAAAGGAUUGGGAUCCAAAAUUGAAAAUGUCUCAUAGCACUAAAGAGACAGAAGAUUUGGCUCCAAGCCCACCACUACCUAAAAAAGAAGAAAAUCGUUCCAAACUUUAUCCUCAGCAGAUAACUUUAAUAUCUACUGCUGAGUUGAAGUGUUUAUCAGAUAUAUGCGAUAUUAGAAGAAAACAUGUUGAAUAUUUGAGAGAUUGUGUUCUGCAACCUACAUUGAAGAAAUGGUCUGAUAAAUGGUUAUAUGUACUUGAGGCAUCCCAAGGAAAUGAUGAAUACAUUGCUUCAAAUUUCCCUUUCUUGGAAUUCGUUACUGUACCGAGUGCUUGGUGGAGUGAUUUCAUAUAUGGAAUGGAUAUAUGUAAAACUGUACUUAGAUAUAAGAGAGACAAUCACAAUAUUAAGAAUCUUCAGAAUCGCGAGUUAAUAGACACAACUGAUUUAUGGGAUUUGUCAUCUAUGCAAUGUAUACAUUGUGAAGUUGGAAAAAAAAUCUUACUGAGCCCCCUAGCUUUCUGGAAUGGUCGUUUAAAGCUAUUUCCUCCAGAAGCAUUCAUUAGCCUACUGGAAUGUCUUGAAGUUGAAAAACAGAAGAUCCAAAACAUUAAUUUAUUUGAAGAUUCAAUUAUAUUAAAAAACUCAGGUUUAAUUGGCAUGAAUCCACUAAUAUUAAAGGAUAUGAUCUGUUCUUCAUGCUCAAAAGAAUUAUACGCCAUUUUGCAAAUAAGCUUAAGUGAAUUAGAUUUGAUCUCCGAAAUGUACUAUUAUGAGCCAAAUCAUAAUAAACAAGAAGAAAUAUGUGUGCUAAAUGUGAAAGUCAUCAAUAACAUUCUUAAAGAAUAUGAUAUAGAUAAAUGGAAUAGAAAAAGUAAGGAGAAACCUAAAAGUGAAAGACGGCAAUUAUUAUUUAAGGACAUUGAAGCUCAAAUUGAAAAAUUAAUUUUAGAAACUCAGAGCGAAAAAACAGGUCAUGGAAAUUCAAGGGUUUUUACUAACAAUUCCGAUAAUAUAUUAGAUUUGAGCAAAGAUAUAAGGCCUGGAAGUCCUUUGUGCCCCCAUGAUUUGGUUGUAAUACCUAGGUUUAAGCUUAGAAUAUUGAAGCUAGUUCCAACUAAAUUAGUUAGAGAAUUCAUAAGGCUGGAAAAUUUGAGAGCUGAAAAAAUCUCUAAUUAUUUAAAUUCCUUCAAUAGAAAUAGAAAAUUAGAGGCAAAAGUUCGAUAUAUGUGUUCAAAUAUUGUUAAAGUAUGCUGGGUCUGUACUAUUCAGGCACAAUAA